GUUUGCUCUAUAUAUAUAUCUAUAGUGUCUGGACUGUCUGGUCCAAAUGACAGGUUUUCAUCAUUUUCAUCAAAAAGUAUUCUUCUUGGUUUUCAUUUCUCGAAAAGAAAUUUUUUGAAACAAAGAGUGUGUUGCAGAAAAUAAAUAAAAUAUGAAUAAUGAAAUUGAGAACAUAGCCAGUUCAAUAACACAAGUUGCCAAUUCUGUAAAUCCAUCUGACUGUGGAUUCUACAAAAUAUCAAUCUCCACAAAACACGUCAUCAAAAUAUGUAAAGAUGUUAUUGAUGCUCUAAAAGAUUUCGAUGUAAAAAUAUUUAAUACUGAUUUAAGUACAUUGGUACUUGUAACACUCCUUCAAAUAGAAGCAAAAAUAUCUUGUUUUAGCUAUAAUGAAAAAACAAAUCUUCGAGCAUUGAGAACAAAAGAUGAUCUUAAAGAGGCAAUAUUUCCUUUAGCAUUCUAUAUUGCACAAAUUGGAAAAUUUGAAAUUGAUGAACAAUAUUUUGAGCCAGAAAUUAUUGAUUUAAAAUAUGAUAAUGUAUCAAAUUAUGUCAUGGAUUUGGGUUUAUCAUUAGAAAUUCCUUCUGAUGUUAUUUUUUUAAAUAAAGGAAAUUAUUUGACUAAUUUUAAGCAAUGGGUGCGUGUUUUAAAUGAAACGAGAGCAUUGGAAAGUGGAAUUAUCUUUCGUAAUGGCAAUUGUUUAAAUUUAACAGAAGAAUUUAUUGAAAAUUCCGAUAACUUCAAUUGGAUUGGCAUUUUAAGCUUUGAACCAGCUCAAGAAAUAAUUCCCAAGUAUCGUGAAUUAUGUGAGAGAUAUAAAAAUUUUUCACAUAGAGUUGAAACAAUUGCAGCAUACAUUUUUGAACGUGUGGACUAUGAGCAAGCAAAGGGCACAGCAAUGCAAUUGGUCACAUCAGAAUUUGAAGACAGUGAUUCAACAUUGUUGCGAUUGUGGAGUAAUCGUCUCGUUGAUGACAAUACACUUAAAAUAGGAGGGCAACUUCGUUAUGGUUUUCAACUAGAAUAUCGUGCUUUGAGAAUUUAUGAUGCAAGAUAUUGUGAAACAUUCAUCGAUGCUCCAGAUUCGGAUCGUCAUUUUGUGUUUUCUAUUAGAACACAUUUGGCGAACAUUUGUAGACGAAAUCUUGAUUUGAAUACUUUAUACACACCAUUUCAAAUAAUACCACUUAGUUCUCGAGUACCAAGGCAAGAACUUUACAUUUCAACAAUUUAUAUUAUCGACAUAUGUAAAGCGUUAAUCAAUAAGCUUGAAGAGAGUUAUAAAGUAAAAAUAUUGGAUACUGAUUUAAGUACCUUAGUACUCGUGACUCUACUUCAAAUUGAAACAAAACUCUGGAUAGCUUGGAAGUUGUACGGUGGUUAUUCCAAUGGUUUUGAUGAAUUAGAUUAUAAAAGAUUGAAGGAAACAGAAGUCAAAUUGAAAGAGGCAAUAUUUCCAUUAUCAUUCUAUAUUGCACAAAUUGGAAAAGUAGAAAUUGAUGGACAAAUAAUAGUACCAACAAUCAUGGAUUUAAGAUACGAUAACAUAACAAAUUAUACUAAGGAUUUGGGUAUAUCAUCGUUAAAGGAUAUUCUUCCUGAAAUUAUUCUCCUUUCAGAAGGUAUUCUCACUGAUAAAAAACAAUGGUGUAUUGUUGAUGAAGCAAAAGCACUGAAAAAUGGAAUCGUUGAGCAAUUAGGCGAUAAUAUUCGAUUUACAAAUAAAUUUCUUGCAAAUCCAAAUAAUUUCAAUUGGAUUGGUUGCGUUUAUUUUCGACCAUAUCAGGAGGUCGUGCCAAAAUAUCAAAAAUUACUUGAUCGUUAUGGUAAUUUUAUGAAAAGAGUCAAUCAAAGAAUGAUGAAUGCAUUUGUUAAUGUGGAUUAUAAAAAUGCAAAUGGCACAGUGGCGCAGCUUGUUACUUCAAAAUUUAAAGAAAAGGACUCUGAAAUUAUGUCAUUGUGGAGUCAUCGUACGGUUAAUUUGGCUUUUCUUAAAAUUGGUGGCUUACUUCGUUAUGGUUUUAAAUUAGAAAAUUAUGGUAGUUUACGAUCAUACAAUGAUAGAUGCUGCGAAGGAUUCGUCGAUGCUGCAAAUGUAUUUCGUAGAUUUAUCUUUUCAAUUGAUACACAUGUGAAAUCGUUGACUAAUUACGAAUACUUAUUCAAUCUUGACGAAUAACAAGUUAAUGCUUUAAAAUUUCGAAAUAAAAUUUCAUUUUUUACAUUAGCAUAUAUAUUUACAAUUAAAUUUUGUUUUCUUUAACUAAUACAUGUAUUUUAAAAAUCAAGAAAUUGUGAUUAUUUUCUUAAUUUAUAAACAUAUAAAUGUAAAAAUACAUUUUUAAUAUAUAUUGUAACGCUUUCAUCGGAAAAGACUAUUGUUCUAAUUCAAAAAAUAAAUAUUUAUUUAUUCUA